AUGUUCGAGGACCGCAUCCCUUUCGACAGAGGAGUCGCCCUGAGAUGGCUCCUUCCCAUGUAUGCGGUGACAUACUUUCAGGCUGUCCUCGUACAACUGCCGCGCACUCGCAUGCUGCGCCUUGCGUUGCUGCCGAUAGGCCUUUACAUCAUGUACACAUGCGCUCAUAUCGACUAUACGGCGCAUCUGGACGCAGAGUUGCGCCAGAGGAUCUUGUUCCUCAAUCUGCAGGCUGCGACGAACACGUUCGCCGUGGCUAUGGUCUUCACCUGCUUUGCCGUCGCAAGCAGGCCCUACAGGCCCCUGGAUCGCCCGAAAUCCACCCUGACACGAGAGCCCAAGCUUGAAUAUCGCACCUUCAUCAACGCAGUGGAUCUUUGCACCAAUGCACGAGGAAUUGGCUGGGAUUGGGACGUGACCGCGCGUCACACUGAAGGAAGGUGGCAAAUGAUCAAGAAGUCUGUCGUCUCCUUCCUAAUCCACACCAUGCUCGUCGACCCCACUAUCAUCAUCAUGCACACUCUCAACCCAGCGUUGAAGGAUCCCUCAGGCGCCUCGAUGUAUAUGCCAGCUGCCGACGGCCUUCUUUCGUCUAUCAUUGCGCACUUUUCGCCCGCUAUUAUCACUAUCUGCAUGGGCCUCAACAUCUACGCCGGCUCCGUGUACGUGUACGACUUCGUUCGCAUACUCGCGCUACUCGCCGGUGAUGAUCCCACGCGAUGGCCACCCUUAUUCGAUGAACCAUGGAGGGCGACGUCGCUGCACGAUCUGUGGGCCAAGCGGUGGCAUCAAUGGUUCCGGCAUAGCUUCUUGGUUCUUGGAGCGACGCCAGCACAGGCCGUAGGUAACAGGCUAGGCGGAAGGACUGCUGGCCGCCUCGCAGGGCUGUUGGGCGGCUUCGCAGUAUCCGUCAUCCUGCAUACCGUUGGGCUAUGGGGAAUGGGACGCGGGGGUGACCCAUACCGCGUAGGGGUGUUCUUCAUGAUGAUGGCAGUGGGUAUGAUCAUCGAAGAGCUCUACCGGAUGGGUACUGGACGGCGCGUGAGCGGCUCAGUGGGGUGGUUGUGCACCUGGGCAUGGAUAAUCGGGUGGGGGCAAUUUCUUGUGGAGGCAUAUGCUCGCAAGGGCUUGAUUGGACAGCAGUGGUUCCGGCUAUGGACUCCCAUUCUGCAGGACCUGGGUUGGCUGUAG